AUGGCCUUCAUCACGAUCGUCAAGGCCAUCAUCGCCCGCUCGCUCUUCUGCCUCCACUCGUUCAUCGCCGUGUGGAAGCUGGUGGACAUCAUGGACGGCCAGGUGGGUUACUGGUACCUGGUCGGCCUCCUCAUGCUACAGGCCUUCGAAGGGAUCGUGUCCAUCUGCGCCAGGAACGGGGAGGAGAUGAAGUGGUUCUGUCCAUCUGUAUUCCUAUACCUGGUGUCUGUCGUGCCGACUGUGUGGCUCAUGGUGCUCGGUGUCAACGCAGAAGCAAGGAAGGAAUUGAGUGCCAUGUAUAACAAGACGAUGGAGAAGCACGACCAUGCACCGGCGGUUGCUAUCUCUGACGACGACUGGGUGAGGAUCCUGGUGCAGGUCCUCCUCGUCAUCCUGCUCAUCGGCCGCUGGCUUCUUCCCAAAGGCGAGCUGACCCGCGAGCAGUUGUCGCAGCUGCUGCUCGCCUACAUGGCCAUGGCGGCUGACAUCAUCGAGCUGUUCGACUGCUUCAAGAUGGAGACCGUCGUCUACCACCACGAGCUCAUCUUCGCCACGCUGGGCAUUUGGACGUGGUCGCUCCUGCAGUUCACCCUCGUGCUGAGUGCAACCCACGCCCCCAAGACGCGCCCGUCCAUCAACUACCCUCCGCCCAAGGACAUGAUCGACGAGAUGACGCCCGUCGAUCGCAUGGUCCACGACUUCGGAGAGAACGACGGCCUCCUGCGCCCCUCCGUCAGCUGCUCGCCCAACAUCGACCUCUUCCUCGACAUGGACAUCAUCGCUAUCCUGACGACGGUCUUCAUGCAGGACGGACCUUUCUUCUUGCUGAGAUUGACGUUGAUCUUCGGGUAUAAAGUGGUCAGUUACCUAAACAUCUUCUUCACCUGCAAGAACACCCUGCUUGUGUCUCUUCAACUCUACAGACUCUUCGUCCUUAUCUCAAAGAAGAGAAUCGUUAUUCAAAAGCGAAAGGAGUGCCUUAGGCAAAACAGUCUUGUUUGUGCCAGCGUGGAGGAGGGAGCUGUCUCCGGUGGUGAAGAUGAUACUGAAGUCACCAAAGAACGAUCGCCGUCGCCGGAAAAGCCGCUUCCCCCGCCUCCUGAGGACGUCGUCGUCGAUCAGUCUGUGGAGCAAGCGCUGCUGGAGAUCUUAGAAAUAAUCGGGGAAGACAAUGUAAUCAAAGAAAUCGAGAAGAUGGCCCAGCUUCCCCAAGAGGAAAUUUUGCAGUCCAGAAAGAGCACCGCGAGCCUGAAGGCCAUAGCCGAGCCGGUGUCCAGUUCAGCCUCCAGGAAAGUGUCGAUGAUCCAGCCCCAGAUGGAGGAGUUCGAGGAGUUCGAGGAAGAGGAAGACGAGGACUGCUCUCCGCCGGACUCGGGCUUCCACAACCAGAACGGAGGGCCGUGCGUGCGCACUGUCCGCCGAGGGACGAAGAAGCAGCAGAGCGUCUCCAAGCGCAAUCAGGAGUAUAUGAAGCGCAUGGAGGACUUCCAGCCCUUCUACGCCGGCAGCGACUGCGGGAGCUUCAGCGACACAGAUGUAAACAACGAGCAAGCUCCCUUUUACCAUCAGGGGGGCUGUGUGAGCGGGUCGUCGACUAGUCUAGUAGAGCCGAAGGCAGACGGUCGGCGACGACAAGGCUGGACCACGAUUCGAGAUCGCUUCUUGCACAACGACCAGCACCUACGGGCCUCCGUGCCGACAAGCCUCCAUCGGGAGUCCUCUAGGAGGUCUACGCAUCCUCUGGGCGCUUCACCCUGCCCCCCUUACGAGUACUCCUACAGCCCGCAACCACACCGGCGCUCCAGACACUCGAGUAAAGCGAGUAAAACGGGAGGCUCAGGAACCAUUCACCGCUCGAACACUACGCUCAACAAUAGCGCCCUCACGCGCCAUCACAGCGCCAGCGUCAAUGACUUCCGCCAGACGAAGUACACCUGCAUCUCCGAAUCUGAUGCCGACACGCUCGAAACCAACGUCUGAUGGCAGGAAACUGUCUCCAGACGCGGUGCCGCCCUUCUGCUGCGAACGGGCAUGGCGCUUUUCUCUCUUUGUCUCUAUUUCUCUUUGUCUUCCUUCUUUUUAAGGAAAAUUAUCUUUCCCAAUUUUCCUUCCAUCAUCAUUUCAUAUUUUCCAUUCCUUUUUCUGUGUGAUUCUAUUUUUGGAUGUCUAAAGAUACCUUGCAAAGCCAAAACAUUUUUUUUUUUUUUUAUAUACACCAAUUCAUAUCAUUUAAGACUCGCGAUCCACCCCUCUAAAACUUGAAGAUACUUAAGUCUUUAAA